GGUCCGCUGUGUCGGAAGUGACGUCAUUCUGGGAAAGGAAAGACUUGUUGUCUUCGCUGUGGCUGGAGUGGGAAGUGGUGACCUUUGUGGAGGACGCUAAACCGAACAAUCUGACAAGAUGGGUAUGCACUUCGGAAACUUGGCAAAAAUGAGGCAUAUGGUCAUCUGCACCUUGUCUCCAUUUGAGCAAAGAGCUUUUCCUAACAGCCUCUCCAAAGGAAUACUGAAUUAUUGGAGGCGAUUUAGUUCACAGUUCUUCCGUGUGGUGCCUCCAUUUGUCGUCGGCUAUCUCGUUUAUUCCUGGGGAAACCAAGAAUUUGAACGUCAGAAAAGAAAGAACCCAGCCGACUAUGAAAAUGAUGUGUAAUCUGGCAAGAAAAAAGCUCAUUUGACCGCAUUUAUUUCUGUUCUGAGCUUAUACACUUGCUUAUAACAAGUAUUUACAAUAACACUUAGACUUGUUCAAUAAAUUUGUCUCUCUGUUCUA